UGUGGGAGCGAUUAUGCCAGACAGGCUAUGGACAACAUUCCUGCCUAUAUCUUCCUCGUGCCGGCACAAGGUAUGUGCGGGUAUGGGGGUUUCCAGUUGUUCAGGAAAAGUCGUGGUACAAAGCGAAGGAGUGUGCGGUGGAGAUAGAGAGGUCGAGGUCAAUAGAAAAAAUAAGUCUGAUAAUCCUUGUCGCUAGUGGAAUGUCGCUAGUGAACUGAUUGUGUGUCUGGGGUGCAGGAAGGAAAAUGGAAAGCCCCUUGCACGCUCACGCACAAUCGAACUGGUCCUCCGAAGCAACGAGAUAUAUUGGCCGUGUGUUCGAAGGAUGGGGUUUUUUUUUACGCCAAAGUGUGUGCGCUUGCGGUUUAUCACGUGCUUAGAACCGGACGCGUGCUUGCAUCUUCCUUGGCGUGCGAUCACGGUAUAUAUAUUCUAUCCCCACAUUGCAAGGAGGUAUCAGUUCGCUUGGACACCAGUUCCCGGCAGCAAGACGUGUUGUGUUCCCUGAAGUGAUCAGUGUAGUGUGUUAGUUACGAGAAGAUGAAGACGGCAGCAGUUGUGUUGGCGGUCGUGUCCCUCGUAGGAUGUGCAGUGGCCGUGUCGCACCCUUACACGCAAUGUGCCUCGAAUGAGAUGCUGGUGUCUUCGCCACCGUGCUGCGAACCAACGUGCGACUGUGACUGUGAGCAUGUCACCUGUCAGCAGAUGCUCGUGUACCAGCCGACCUGCGUCUGCAUGCAGGGCUUCGUACGCCUGGAGGGUCGCUGUGUUCCGAAGACGUGCUGUCCGGCUCCCGAGCCAACGUGCCCCACUGAAGCUCCCGUGUAUCAUCAACCGUCGUGCGGCUGUGGUCAAACUCCUUGCCAGUGCGAGCAACCGAAGUACCAUCCUGCUCCCUGCGAAACUACCCCCAAACCCUGCCAUCCGGUGUACGAACAGCCCUCGUGCGGCUGUGGCCAAACUCCCUGCAAGUGCGAACAGCCCAUGUACGAACAGCAGCCUUCGUGCGGUUGUGGCCAAACUCCUUGCCAGUGCGAGCAACCGAAGUACCAUGCUCCUGCUCCUUGCGAAACCACUCCCAAACCCUGCCAUCCGGUGUACGAACAGCCCUCGUGCGGUUGUGGUCAAACUCCCUGCAAGUGUGAGCAACCCAUGUACGAACAGCAGCCUUCGUGCGGUUGUGGCCAAUCUCCCUGCAAGUGUGUCCAGGUGUUGUACAAGUCUUGCGAAACGAAACCCACCACCACUACGCCCUGUCCUCCCGUGUACGAGCAACCGUCGUGCGGCUGUGGCCAAACUCCCUGCAAAUGCGAACAGCCCAUGUACGAACAGCAGCCCUCCUGCGGCUGUGGCCAAACUCCCUGCAAGUGCGUCGCCAAAUGCCAUCCCGUGCCGGAGCACAAGCCGUGCGAGACUACUACUCCUGCCCCAACCUGUGCCGCCUGCGAGGAGCUAGUGUUUGUGCAGCCGUGCUGCGAGCCGACGUGCGAUAACGACUGUUCCGGUGUGCAGUGCAGCCCGCUGCUGCUGGUCGAAGAGCCAACCUGUGCCUGCCGGCCCGGGCUCGUCCGCUACCAGGGGCACUGUGUGGAGCCGUCCGUCUGCCCGAAGAGUGCCUCCCGCUAUCGGCUGUACGUACCGAAAACCGUUUCCUGUGCCUGCACUUCGUGCUGAAACGGGCCAAGCGACGCUCUUGCAACCUUGACACGAUGAAACAGUAAAGUGACUAGGGAGCGGAAACGCAAUGGAAAAAGAAAAACAUUGAUUCGGAAAUAAACCAAAAACAAGCAACAGCAGUCCACGAGAGUGUUUUCUUUGAAUUUUGUAGUACUUUGAGGGA